AUGGACGUUGAGACGCCGGCCGACGCUGCUCGAGAGGAAGAAGAAGCCCUUGCUUCGUCCCGCCAAGAUUUCGUCAAUGAAGAACUGGCGGCCUCGUUUUCUCAGGCUGAAUCUUCACAAUUCCUGGGUCUGGAAGACUUGUCCCUGGUUGGGCGGUUAGCGGACCUUGCUGAUGAAAAUGCUCUUGAGCUACCAGGUUCUUCAGAAUGUCAGAAGAAGAGUCAAGAUGUCGCUGACGGCAGCAGCGACGAGUCAGACGAGGGCGACGAGGCGCUGAGUUUCGCCAUGUCCCAGCCCGUGUGGCUGAGCGAGCACCAGUUGGAAUCGUCAGAAGUGCCACUUCAUCAGGACUCUUCCGAGCAAGCGGUGGUUCAUCCAGAAAUUGAGGAUAUGUUACCUCAAAACGAUGGUUCCGUAUGUGGAGAAGCUCUUGUUGUCAGUGACAACAGCUCAACGUCGCCGCUUCAAUUUUCUUCUGGUGUUCGGCAGUCACAUGAUGUGCACAGUUGUUCCUGUUCGUCGUCGUCUACUGCACCUAAGAGAUUCAAGUCUCGUUCAUUUCAUGUUCUUAAUGUGAAUGAAGUUGAAUACACGCAUCAGUCUACGUUCUGUUUGAAACAGGAAUCUAGAAUAGCAGAAGACCAAAAUUUAUUUUCUUCAGGCGACGAGUCGGAUGAUUCAGAUGUCAGUAGUGUUGCUUCCGAUUUCUCCAUAGAUCAAAUAGAUGGAGAUCCUAAAGACCAUCGCCACCAGCGUGCAAGAUUUCCCCCGCCACCAUCUCACACAAUGGGACGUUUUCAGGGAGGCUUGCCUUACGAUCAAAUCAACUCGCAACACAUUGCAAUGGGAUACCUCCCACCUCGCCCUGGGGCUCACAUUCCAUCGUUUGAAGCGGUCAACAAUACUCACUUUGGAAAUCCUCAAUUCCAACGAGGCAGGCCCCAGGCAUUGAUUGAUCAAAGUUCAAGCCAUCAUCCAAAUCAUCGAGCCCGCAGUCAUGGAAAUUUUCCUCAGUAUGCUAUGCCACAGGUGCCUUCUACACAGCGUAACGUGCCUUAUUCUGAGCGUCAGUCUAGUUCUCGCCAUCACCAUCAAUCUCAAAACAGAAGAGACUAUCAACAUCCUCCUGCCGACACUGCAUCAGCAGAUCUCCAUAUCCCGCGCUUCAAAGUAAUCAAGGCACAAGUCCCUUCUGGUAAAAGCAAUCAAUUCCACCAUCCUCAUGGAGCUCAUGAGCGCAUGCCAUUUCAACGAAAAGUUCAUCCUGUAAUGCCCGCUCGUUCUAGUUUAUCGCUCCAGGAUUCGUCUGGAACCAUCAACGUAUUACCUGUGCCAGACAUGAGCGAAGAAAGGAUCAUCCCGGGCAUUGGAGGCGCUACCGUGGUCCCUGCUCUGAUGUCCAAUAAACCUAUCACCCUCAGUAGUGCUAUCUUCGAAUCUGCUCCUCAGUGUACCGAGCUCAACAGUACGGCUGGUGCUGAUGGCCAAGGAAAGAGUUCCUCUGCUGCAAAUGAUAUAAUAAUGCGAGCAAUGAACUUUGCCGAUCCCUUGGGCGAAUUCUUCAAUGAAGAAGAAACACCACCUGUUGCCAGCGAAACUGUCAUAGAGAGCACCAGCGUCCACAUGGACAACGACUCUACUUACAGGCAAGAUCAAUGGCCUCCUAAUCAUUUCGUAGGGGCCUGCACAACCGUCGUUUCAGAAGAUGAUUCGUCCAGUGCUCGACACGAGAGGGAUGCCGUUUCAAAGAAAAUGCCUACACCAGAUUCAUCAGAAACGUCGUCUAGAAAAACAGCGUCCAAGAAAUCAUCUAUUACGUAUGCUCCGGCUCAGAGCUACUGCAGUGAUCUUCCUGAACGUCCACCUACUCCUGGUUUUGCUCACGCUUUAAACUUCCAGCCUUCUCCUGACCCGAUUCGAUCUCUCUCGCCUGAGGUGCCAUCUUACCCAAGCUCUGGAGAUGAUCUCGAUCGGCCUCCUACUCCUGAAAACAACCCGCCGUAG